AUGCUCGCCCGCAUCUUCGCUCAUCACUUCAAAGGCAACCCACGGUCCUCUAAAGUGAAAUCAAUAAAAGAAUGGCAAAAGGAGCCUCAGGAUCAGACAAGCUCAAACCAACAGAUCCGUGCUUCAACAAACGAUGACACUCCUUUACCACCACCCAAACCACCACUUGAACCACUCCAAGGCCCCAGCCAAUGCCGCACUGAUGAUAGUAGGCCAACCGUCUCCUCCAGUCCGAUCCUCCAGAUCCCCAUAGAUAUCCUAAUCCUGAUCGACGCAUUCCUAUGCCAAGAGGACUCCGCAGCACUGAGCCUGACAUGCCGCCAUCUCUGCCACGUCCUAGGCCGACAAACCCUCCACGAAUGCGCAAAAGCCGAUAACCCAGCACGGCAUAAGAUGCGUGUCCAUCUCGAGCGCGCAUUCCCCAGCUUCCUAUACUGCCACCCCUGCAACGUCUUCCACGCCCGCGAUCUCGCCCUCCCGAGCAAACCGCAAUCCUACCCCCUCCGCCCAACAACAACCACAAAGCCAUGUAUCCAGACCAGCGGCUACAUCCCCUGCCACAACAACUGGACCCUCACUUUCCACCACGCCCAAGCAGCUAUGAACGCCUUCCUCUGGACAUCCCGCGCCCACGGCCCGUCCGCAGACGCAUUCACGUCAGACUUCACAUACCAGCCCCCUAACUGCCCUCACCCAAUCCACAUCACCACCGCCGCGAAACCCCACGAUAGCAAUACCCCCAGUCUCCUCCUCCACGCAUCCGCUACCCUCACUCUCCCCUCCCACAGCUCCCUUCUCAAACCCUCCCGCACCCGUGAUCUCCUCUACACAUUCCCCCACCUCCUCGUCGCGCACCUCAACGUCCCCGGCGCACAACGCAUCCACACGGGUCUCUGGCGCGCCCUCGAGCGCGCCAUUGCCACCGCCACCGCAAUCUCCUCAUCUACUCACUCUCCUCCUCUCAGCUCGAGCCCCGAGACAGAGACAGAGCCCUACCAAACCAUCACCCCAGCACCAGGCCCCACAACCCACCGCUGCACCCUCUGCCCAACAGACUACGAAGUCACACUCUCAACCGCCCCGAGAACUCCCUCCGCCAGCAGCUCCCAGCACCACAUGCUCGAAAUCCGCAUCUCCGCCUGGCGCGAUCUCGGCCCGUGUCGCGAGCCCUGGGACCCACGCUUCAUGGCGCAUACGGUGUACGUGCCUGACCCCGCUCCCGCAACACCAUCUACUGGCCCCCUAAGUAGGAGAUUGCGGAAUAGGGUGUUUGGGCAACAGGUGAAGAAGAAGAAGAAGAAGGCGCGACUGGAGGAGUAUAGACGGCAGUAUGUGGCGAGGCCGGGCUUGAUGGAGGGGCAGCGGCGGAGGUGGAGGGUGGAAGGGGCGGGGAGGAUUAAGGGGAUGUAUGAGUGGAGACGGGGGGUGCAGGCGUGGGAGACGAGGAGUGUUGAUGGGGGGUGUCGGCGGGUUGGACGGGGGUUGGGGCGUGGGGAUGGAUGA